ACGCAAUUUUAAAUCUUUGAAAGGUUGAGAACAAAGAUCCACUGCGGUUGAAAAAAAACACAAACUGCAGAAGAUCUGAACCCAACAAGUAUCGGUGGGAAAUUGCGUGGCAAGCUUAGUAUACAUAUCACGUUGCAAAACAAAUUCCUUUUUCUUACUCACUAGCAACAAACAAACCCAACGCAGGCCCUUACUUUAUUCAUAUAAAACCCAUCACAAAACCAAAGUAGUAGAACAAUUUCAUCACUUUUCAAAUCUUCGAUUCCAUCGCUUUCUCUCUCUAUCUCUCUCUAACUGCCGAAUAUGGCGCCGCCAACGGCAGUAGUUGAUGGCGGUGGUGCUGUUCCACAACCGCAAGGUGGUAGACAACCAGCCACUGGUGGAGGUUUUAGCUUCACCGGAAUUAUUCGUAUGGUUGUUUUUUGGUAUUUCGCUUCCAAAUUCUUCUCUCCUGCUAAAAAAUCUACCGAACCUUCCGCUCUCGUCUCUAACCUCUUCCAUAAAUCUCAACCUAUGGAUAUGUGGCUUUAUCUUACCGAGAAUGAGAAGUUCAAUGACUUUGGUAAUGAAAGUGCUCUUGUAUGGCAUGAAACUAAUAUUCCGUACGCCUCUUGGGGACCUGAGAGUACCAGGACUCUUACUUUGAAGUAUCCCCCAACUGAGGCUUUGAAGCACAAUGGGAGUCUAUAUGCUCAUGUUUUCUUUGCACAAUCUGGAUAUUCACCUGAUCCUAGUGAUCCGGAGUACCAGCCUCAGGCAGCCUUUGGAAGGACGCAUCCUAUUGUGAUAUACUGGCCAAAGUCAAAAGCAGAUAAAAAGAAGAGUCUUUUGGGAGGUGUACCUGAUUCAAGUGAGGGUCAAGUGACACCUGAGGUCGUUGCUGAUAGUGAAGAGGAUUCUAAAGAUGAUGGUCCAGUGGAGUGGCAUGCAUAUUGGAAACCAAAUAUAACGAUUAACUUAAUUGCUGACUUCACUCAGUACCCAAAUACAGGCAUACCACCUAACAUUGCUCCACACUUGAACAUUGAUCCUAUCACUGGGAACUACUAUCCAACUAUUUUCUUCAAUGAGUUCUGGUUACUGCGGGAUAAGUUGAUAGCUUUGAAUGAGACAGUAACUGAACUAUUACUUCAUCUGGAAGUUGGCCCCAUUAGCAUGACAAAAUGGCAAUUGUUCAUGCAAAUUGACCAGUCCUUCCAGAUUCACCGUAGUUAUGGAAGCAUGAUUGAAGGCGAGGCUGAUGAACUUAAGAGGGUAUUCUUGGAAGGAAAUCCUUACCUCCUGGGAAUUACCAUGAUUGUUUCUCUUCUUCAUUCAGUAUUUGACUUUUUGGCUUUUAAGAAUGACAUCCAAUUUUGGAACAAAAAUAAGUCUAUGGAAGGACUCUCUGCAAAGACUGUUGUUGUGAGCUUUAUUUGUCAGCUUAUCAUCUUCCUUUAUCUGCUUGACAACGACACCUCUUGGAUGAUUCUUCUAAGCUCUGGGGUUGGUUUGAUCAUUGAGUUCUGGAAAAUUGGAAAAGCCAUGCACAUAGAGAUUGAUAGAACAGGAAGGAUACCUAUGUUAAGAUUCCGGGAUCGAGAUUCAUAUGCAGGGAAUAAGACAAAAGAGUAUGAUGACAUUGCAAUGAAGUAUUUAACCUAUGUUCUAUUUCUCCUUGCUGCUGGCUUUGCUGCUUACUCACUAAUGUACGAGCGUCACAAGAGCUGGUAUUCUUGGAUUCUGUCUUCUCUCACAAGCUGUGUUUACAUGUUCGGCUUUAUUAUGAUGUGCCCACAACUGUUCAUCAACUACAAGCUAAAAUCUGUUGCUCACCUACCAUGGAGGCAGAUGACUUACAAGUUUCUCAACACCAUUAUUGAUGAUCUUUUUGCCUUCGUCAUUAAAAUGCCAACACUACAUCGGCUUUCUGUCUUCCGUGAUGAUCUUAUCUUUCUUAUAUAUGUAUACCAAAGGUGGAUUUAUCCAGUGGACAAGAAGCGUGUUAACGAAUUUGGUUUUGGAGGCGAGGAUGAUCAGCCUCAGGCUGUGGAUUCCGCAGAGACGGUUGCUGCAAAGGAAGAAGAGAAGAAAACUAAUUGAUUUGUUUUUCUCCCAAGCACUUGAGGGAGUUGGUACUAAAUGUGCUAGAAUUCAAUGGGGAUUAAUUUAUGUUUACUCCCUCUCUGGGUAUGCACUUGCUAUUAGAUUUUUGGAUGAAGGGUAUCUUGGUCUUGCUUCCUGGAAGUUUUACAGUUUUACAGUUUUACUAGUUAGUAGGACAGAAGGAUGCAGGGUAUCUGACUACUACACGGCAACCCUGUGAUGGUCAUACUCAUACAGCUUCUUAGUUUCUUUGUGUAUUAGAAUGCCCUCUCCCUUGUUUUUAUUUUAUUUUAUUAUUAUUAUUAAAUAUUUAUGUCUUAUUUUUGGGAUAGGUUACUUUUUUCAUGUAUUGGUUUUUCCCCUUUAUCCUAAUGUAUUUUUGACUAAUUUAUCCUUGAUCUUAAAAUUAUUAUUUUUUGUAA